AUGGCAAACAAAAGCUUUUUCUCAGUAUUAAGCAAACGUUUAUAUAUCGAAAAAAAUAUACCUGAAGAUGAGGAUGAUAUUAAUAAUGUUUUUAAAUCACUCACAGCUCCCGAACAGAUGGUAUUGUUUAAGAAGUUUCGUCACCUGGAACAACUCAAACAUCUUUAUGUUGCAGUGACAAGAGCACGCCAGCAAAUUUGGAUAUAUGAUGAAAACACUGAAUGGAGGGAACCAAUUUGUAAGUAUUGGAAGCACCAUGGAUUGAUCAAUGUGAUUGUGAAUGAAAAUGAAAACGAUACUUUGUCUACUUUGGAUGAGGAAGGAAGUGGUAGUCCAUAUCAAUGUCACUCUAAACAAGCAAAAAUAGCUUUGUCUAAUUUGGCUGAGAAAAAGAAAAGCAGUACAGAUGAAUGGGAUCAACAAGGAAAAAUUUUUUUUGAAAGACAGCAAUAUGAUCUGGUAAAAUUUGCAUUUGAAAUAUUCUAUUAUGAACUGAGUUAA